AUGGUGCCAUUUGUCCAGGAGUGCAAUGCUUACCAAUGCAACCCCAGCCAGUGCAGAGAGGGACUGAGGCAGUUCUACUCGGCUCUUCCUCACAAUGUGGCUGAGAAACUGGUGUUCUGCGACUGUGACAGGGAAGACCAGGAAUGCCAGCAGAUGAAGGCCUCUCUACACUCUGGAUCCUGUGUGAGUGACCAGUCGCAGACACCCUGGACCUGCCUGGAGGCUCUGGACAGCUGCUCUGAAGAUGUAUUGUGCAGGCAGACAUUUAGCAGGUACCUGUCCAAAUGUUUUGGGGAAAAGGAAUCUGCGUAUGAUACGACCAGUGAAUGGCUAAGUCGUCUGGACCCCGACUUCUUUCUUGGGCACGACCUCCAAUGCAGGGUGGCAUUUGUGGAAACAAUGGGUUCAAUACUUCAUAAUCCAUGCACUUGUGAUGGAUUACAUCAUCAUGAUCAAUAUAAGUGCAAUGAGCUGAAACACAUUUUCCAAGACAAGUCCCUCUUCACGCUCUCAGGGACCAAAGAACAUUUCCGACAUGGAGGAGAAUCCUCUGAAUUAAACACUGGGCAACAGCCAACCAGUGAAACAAGCACUGGGCAGCAGUGGUUAAGUGGUGAAAAUGUCCGACAUGGACAAUUUGAUGAUUCAAGCAAUGGGCAGCGACCAACCAGUGAAUCAAGCGUUAAGCAGCAAUGGUUGAGUGAUCAACUGUUUUACCUACUGAUAUAUAUCUCUGCUUUAAUGGUGGUGGUAUUAUUCGUGGUCAGCCUUGUUUUGCACAGACUGUGGAGAAUUCACAACGCUGCUAGUAAAACGACUUUUGAGGCCCAUCAGUCAAAGUCUCUGAUGUUGUCAUCUAUUAUUAUUUGA